CUGUUUGAAUAGCUGGACCAGGGCGCGCGUACUCGCCUUGCGCACGCCCCCGCACCGCACUCGCUGCCUCGCGCUUCAGAACCUCACUGACUCUCGUGCGCAGAGGAAAGAAAAGCCGACUUUUUGAGGACUUUUGGGGCACUUUUGAAACUCGUUCAUGGUCCAAAGAGUCUUCUUAGUGUUCUCUGAGAGAAGUUAGAGGAUGGCAGAGAAAGAAAGUUAAAGACGGAGGGGAAUUAAACCUGUCGCGUGUUCGAGCUGGCUGACGAGAAGAGAGGAGCGUUGAUAAACAAUGAGCACGACUCUUCUUCAACCCAGAAUGAAACAGAAUCCAUCAAAGGAGAUAUUGCUGUGGUUUAAGAUUCCACAUCAGCCAUCUUCAGGACCUUAAAGGAUCUGUGUGACCUCUGAAAGAGCCUGUCAUCUUUCCAUCAACAAAACAUUUGUACUUCACACUCAUACGAGUCACAAUGCCAGACCGGUCUCAGGGUCUUCAGGAGAAGGUGGAUCGUGGAGAAGGAACUUUCCAGUUGCCUUUAGUGCCGGACAUCAAGGUCAUCCCAAGUGACGUGGUGGGCAAAGGUGAUACCUUGGAGCUUGGAGACUUAGUUAAAACAACAGAUGGCGUGAAACAACAAAGUGGGGACGUUUUAAAACCAGGACUUGAUGCAUCCCAGGGUUCUGUAGAGGUGGGUGUGGCGAAAACAGUGCAAGCCCUUGAACCUCUGAAAGCCAAUUCUUUGUUACAGGGAGCAAGUGUGACUCCGCAUGAAGAUAACGGUGCCCCUGACUCUGAUUCUAACCGUGGACACGUUAACGCUGGAUUCAGCAGCGACCUCACUGAUGAAGAGUUAUCUGAGUUCAAUAGAAACACGCUUGAUAAGACAAACCACAUCUCUCCUCUGAAUUUCUCUGAGCCUGGAUUAGACGCCCAAGACAGCCCUGAGGGUGACAAAGACGAACCCAAAUCAGACUUGACUGAUAAACACAAAGGAGAGAACUCACAAAGCGACGAUUCGACGGACGUCUUCCAACCGAGGGACAGCAUCGACGUCAGGUGGGACGACGACGACGAGGACACUGGGAGCACUCGGUCGAGGCGGAGUGUGAAAGAAGGGGUGUGUUGCUGCUUUCAGGUGUUCCACAGAGGCUGCCUGCAAUGUGUGGAGGAGACCCCGGCCAUGCUGUCCGGACUGGUACUGUCCUUGGCGUUCUGCGUGGCCCUCAUAGUUCUCAUCCCCACCACAGUACGGCAUAUCGACGUCCACGUAGGAGCUCUGUCCAUCCUGUGCAUCGUUCUCUGUCUGAGUGCCAUCCUGCUCGUCUGCCUGCCCUGGCUGGCCACUGUGAGGCGCUGUGGAGGAGCCCUGGCCCUCUUCGUCUGGGGAACUCUGUACAUCACUGCCAUCGUCUUCAUCUUCACUGGAGGGCCCGUCACAGCGUGGGAACAGGUGGCGUUCUUCCUCUUCCUCUCUUUGAGUGUUUACACUGUGCUGCCUCUCUCCAUGGCCUGGGCCCUCAUGGUUGGGAUCGGUACCAGCGUUUCGCACGUAAUCAUCAUCAGUGUUUACGUCCCCGUCACGGAACCGGAGACACCAGAUCUGGCUGUGCAGCUGGUGGCGAACGCCGUGCUCUUCGUGUGUGUGAACUGUGUCGGGAUUUUCCACCUGUGGAUGACCGAGCAUGAUCUCCGGAAAUCCAAUCAGAAGAGAGAAGAGUUCAGCGCCAUUCGCUCGCAGAAGGAAGUCAGGAAAUACCAGCAGGAGCAGCUCCUCCUGUCCGUGUUGCCCCGCUACAUCGCCAUGGAGCUGAAGACGGAGGUGAUAAAGAGGCUUUCCAAGCCGACGGGGGAAGCGGGAAACGAAUCCAACUUCCACAACUUCCACAGCUUCUACAUACGGCAGCACAAAGACGUCAGCAUUCUGUAUGCAGAUAUCGUGGGCUUCACAAAGCUGGCGAGUACCUGCACACCAGAGGAGCUGGUCGCUGUGCUCAACAAGCUCUUUGGCAGAUUCGACGACAUCGCCAAGAAGAACGGGUGUCUUCGCAUUAAGAUCUUAGGUGACUGUUACUACUGUGUGUCGGGCCUACCUGACCCCAUCCCCACACAUGCAAGGAACUGUGUCCAGAUGGGUCUCGACAUGUGCACGGCCAUCAGUAAGCUGAGAGAGGCGACCGGGGUCGAGAUCAGCAUGCGUGUAGGCGUCCACACCGGCAACGUGCUCUGCGGCGUGAUUGGCUUGCAGAAGUGGCAGUAUGACGUGUGGUCACAUGACGUCACGCUGGCCAACCACAUGGAGUCUGGAGGAUUACCUGAACGAGUUCACAUCACAGAGGAGACGCUGCAGCACUUGAACGGAGCGUACCAAGUGGAGGAAGGGGACGGGGGGAGUCGGAAUCCUCUUCUCCAGGGAAGGAAAACCUACCUGGUGAUUGACCCCUACAAGCAACGCAGCAUUUCCAGGAGACCUAAAUCAGUUACCACUUUGGCGUCGGGGGAACCCAGGCAGCGAGCGUCGGUCCGGAUGUCUCAGUACCUGCAGUCCUGGAGGACCAUCCACCCCUUCGCGGACCUGAGUAACCCUGAAGCCACGCCCUCCAAGAAGAGGAAACUGCCGAGAAGCAUCACCAAUGUCAUGAACAGAUCGCAUCCGUCCUCUGCCAGAACAGCUCGCAACAGCAGUUCAUCCAGCCCCAGUUUGGCAGGAGAUACCAUUGUUGGAUCAUCACUGGACACGAUGGACUCAGCAGGGAGGAGACUAAAGAAGCUCAACUGUUGCACUCUGCUCUUCAACGACCUGAGCCUGGAGAAGAAGUUCCGCCUUUCAGAAGUCAGAGGUUUACACCAAUCCAUCAGCUGCAUUGCUUUGAUUUUCAUCACGCUCUUCACCGUUCAGAUGCUCGUCUCAAGGAAGAACUUUGAGUUGGCAGUGUCCUACGGUGUGACCUUCCCUGUGCUGGUGCUAAUUCUAUCCAUCGCCUUCACUGGAUACUUGGAGAAAUGGCGUUCAAAGAUGCCGAUGGGCGUUCAGUGGAUAUCGGGGCUGUCCCGUGGCGUCUCCACCAGGGCCGCGCUGCGGAUCUUUGUGGUCUGUCUCUGCGUGCUCAUAACGCUGCUGAUGGCCAUCCUUAACUAUUUUUUCCUCCCGGGAAAUGACUGUACAGCGAUCGUCAACAGGACCGAGCUGGAAGGACUGAAACUCUACACCGGGCCUUACUACCUGUACUGCUGCCUGCUGGCCAUGCUGGGAGUCAUCGUGUUCGUCAGGACGUGCAUUUCAGUGAAGGCCUUUCUGCUCACGCUGGCCGUGGUGGUUUACCUCGCCCUCUUCCUCCAUGUCUACGCCCCAAGGUCCUACUGCCUCAUCAACCUGCUUUACAACGACACCAAGCCCGGGGUCCUGAAAGACCCUCAGAUCAUGUCAGGAGUCUGGCUCGUCAUCUUUUACAUCGUCUGCCUCAUUCUGGCCCGACAGGACGAGCUGGGUUGCCGUGUGGACUUCCUCCUGGAGCGUUGUUUCAUGGCGGAGAGAGAGGAGAUGGAGACCAUGGAGAACGUCAACAAGCUCCUCCUGCAGAACGUGCUGCCGCUCCACGUCGCCUCCUUCUUCAUGGGCAAAACUAUUCGCAACCAGGACCUGUACAGUCAGUCGUAUGACUGCGUGUGUGUGAUGUUCGCCUCCGUGCCUCAGUUUAAAGAGUUUUACAGCGAGAGCAGUGCCAACAGAGACGGGCUGGAGUGUCUGCGCUUCCUCAACGAGAUCAUAUCGGACUUCGAUGAGCUUCUCUCCAAGCCCAAGUUCUGCACGGUGGAGAAGAUCAAAACGAUCGGCAGCACGUACAUGGCCGCCGCGGGGCUCAGACAGACGCCUGUUGGAGAUGAAACAAAGAAAGUGGAGAUGUCCUACAGUCAUGUUCGCUCCAUGGUGGAGUUUGCAAUUGCUCUCAUGGGGAAACUGGAGUUCAUCAACACGCACUCUUUCAACAACUUCAAGCUCAGGAUUGGAAUAAACCUCGGUCCGGUGAUCGCAGGAGUGAUCGGAGCUCACAAACCUCAGUACGACAUCUGGGGGAACUCUGUGAACGUGGCGAGCAGGAUGGACAGCACCGGAGUGUUGGACAAGAUACAGGUGACGGAGGAGACGUCUCAGAUGGUGGAGAGCGUGGGAUACGGCGUCACUCUCAGAGGAGUCGUCCACGUCAAGGGGAAAGGAGAUCUCAGAACGUACUUUGUCAACACGGAUCAGACGUCUCCUCAGUUCUGACCUCAGACUCAGACUCGUGUACAAACAUGAACUGUCAGUGUUUGUUUUGAUGAACCGGGUGCACCACGUGGCUCUGUCUCAACUGAGACUCAGUCAUUAGCAUUAUGUACAUUUGCACAGACUCCAUGCUGUUAUAGAGACUCAGCAAGGAGCUGCCUCUGUCUUUUGGAUGAGACACUAAAGAAGAUCCUGUGAUCCGGUUCAAUGAAGACGACUAAGUGAAAGUUAACUGUCCCUGUACUGUAACAGAUUGUGAAAAUACAAUCUUCUUUAUACUUUUCUUCAUUGAUACAGUCGAUAAAAUACACUGUGUGUUAUAAACUAAUUUAUUUAAAUGAUAAAAUCUGUUCCUUUGUAGGUGUACCAAAGAUUACACAUGUGGGUAGAUUAUGUUUUGCUGUUUAAUCAUGUGUUUUUGGUUUCAGUGAACAAAACAGCUGUUCUUUUUUUUCGUUAAAAAUGUCUUAAACCAAGAUAUGUUGAUAUGAAUGAAGCUCUGAGGUACUGAUUGGUCCUCUUCACUGGUCUCAGAGGGUUUCAAAACAAGACUAAUAAAUCAUGAUGUGAUUCACAGCCUGGAAAAGAGAAAGAAAAACCAGAUUGUGACAGAUUUGAAAGUCUUAUUUUUGCUUUCG